CAACCUGAUGUGUGAGAUAAGACCUGCAUGUCUUCUUCUUUCUACACGCAGCACAUAUGAUGUCAAUCGCCUGUUUAUGUCGUCGUUCAGGCCGCCGCCGAUAAAAUGGCAAAAGCAGAUCAGCGCUUCGGACAAAGAGAUGGCUCAGACCAGAACUUUGACUACAUGUUCAAGCUCCUCAUUAUAGGCAACAGCAGUGUGGGCAAAACCAGCUUUCUAUUUCGAUAUGCAGACGACUCUUUCAGCAACUCGUUUGUCAGUACCGUUGGGAUUGACUUUAAAGUAAAAACGGUCUACCGCAAUGACAAGAGGGUCAAACUCCAAAUCUGGGAUACAGCAGGUCAGGAGCGUUACAGGACCAUCACCACUGCUUACUAUAGAGGAGCAAUGGGCUUCAUUCUCAUGUAUGACAUCACCAAUGAGGAGUCAUUUAAUGCAGUACAAGAUUGGGCAACCCAGAUUAAGACCUACUCUUGGGACAAUGCUCAGGUUAUUUUAGUGGGAAAUAAAUGUGACAUGGCUGAUGAGAGAGUGAUACCUGUAGAGAAAGGCAAGCAGUUGGCUGAUCAACUUGGCUUUGAGUACUACGAGGUGAGCGCCAAGGAAAACAUCAACGUCAGACAGGUGUUUGAGCGACUGGUGGAUAUCAUCUGCGUGAAGAUGUCUGAGCGAGUGGACGCAGACCCGUCCAUGGUCAGUGGAGCCAAGGCCACUCGGCUUAGUGACAAGCCGGCGCAGCUACCUCAGAAUUGCUGCUGAUUUAGCCUGUUUACACUGCUGUCACAUGCUAGACUAUUGUGCUGAUCCUGUAUUUUCAUCUGCUUUCCAUUUCUGUCAUUCCAUCCAGUUUAAUUUUUUUAUUCCUUACAUGUAGUAGUGUUACAUGUAGUUUACUGUUACUGCUAUAAUGUCACUUUAAGCACACCUCUAACUAAGGGUCAAAGUGAGGGACUCUCUCAAAGCAGGGACUCCACCAAAGCACAAAAAAGCACAUGCUCACUGCCAGACACAUAUAUCUCACAUGACUAUAUCAGAGCUCAAAGGUUGUAUUAUUUUAGCAAAAUCGGUGCUUAAAGAUCACCUAACACAAUCUCUUUGCUUCUUUUCUUCAACUGUUGCUCAGUAAAAGAGCAAAAUGUGACCUAGACUCACACAAUUGCAGAGUGGCCAUAACAGUUAAAUAUUAUGCACAAUAAUAGUCUAUGGUUUCAGGGUGAUUUUGAUGUUCUGUUUUUUUUUUUAACCUUUGCAGAAACACAGGCUGGUGGGUUCUUAUAAAUUUAUUUCACUGCCAAAAGUCAAGAGCACAAAGUUUUGAAAAAAAUCACUCACGAGAUUGUGAGAUAACGAGAUAACUCACGAGAUAACGUCAGGAGAUUGUGAGGUUGAAUCAGCAUACCAUGCCACAGCGAUUCAUGAUCGAUAAUCUGACCAACCAUUAAUGACCACCUCAUUAGCAGCUGUGAGCAUCUGUGACAGGGCAGAACGCGCAGAUACCGCUUUCCUCCUAAUAUGUUCAACUGCCAUGUGACAAAACAAAAAAUGUUCAAAAAAUGUCUCAGAGAAAGCACUUGCAAGUUUUCAUCCUAAUUAUGUAAAAAAAAAAAAAAAAUCACUAAUUAAUUGUUCUUGAUACUGAUAAUUGACCAUUCCAACUGCCCAUCGUCAGCAAAUUUGUAUCAGAAUUGGAGGAGCUUAGAUGCAGAUAUCCUCCUACUGUUAUAUUGUAGGGAGGCUGAAACCCAUUCUGAUUGGCUAAUGACCUUUAGUAGUGUUGUACCAAAGCAUGAAAAAGGAAACCUAAACAAAUGAGCACAGUAUAUGUGAGAGAGAUGAAUUUAACUUGUUCAUGUACAAAUAUAUUGUUGUAUGAGAGUUAAGGUAACUCAUUGUGUAUCUAAAGCUAAUGCCUCCUAAAGCUAGCGUGCUCUACAUUUUUGGCAAUACAGUAACACCCUAGGUUCCUUUGAAUACCUAUAAUGGGCACAAUAAAUAUAAUAUAAUGUGGUUUUGGACAUAUGGAGCACUUUGCAAAUGUUCAAUAUAUCAUGAUAGAUCAAAGGUAGUUUAGUACAUGCAUGAAUCAAGCUGAUUAGCCUACAAGUAGUCUUACAAAACAAAAAUCAAAUCCCUACAUGAUCUCUUGCAUAAAAAUGAGUAUUUUUUUUUGUGGACUGUAUAACUAUAUAUUUGAAUGUUUUGUGUGUGUGCGUGUGAAUGCGUGUGUGCAUGUGUGCAUACUGACCAUAUUGAGGUGUAAAGUGAAAUUAAGGUCAUUACUGCACAUACUUAUGCUUCAUCUACAGUGACAACACAUUAAAAUAUAUUUAGAGAUGCCAGUAUAAGUGUAUUGUAAAACUUGUGCCACGACUGAUUUAUAUUUCAGAAAGGUAGCAGAUCCUUGUGGAGUUCUACAUGUAUCACAUACACUGAGUUUUCAAAUGAGUGAUGUAAGCAUUUAUGAAUAAGGUUUUAUGUAACUACUUUAAAAUUAAUUUUACAUGAGAUAUUUAUAAUUAAGAUGUUGUAAGCUAUCAAGCUGGUCUUUGCUGAGUAGAUAUUUAUUUUUAUGCUCUAAUUGAAGCUGGGAACAUAUAGAUGUACUGUAACUUUGCCAGUCAGUCUGUCAGUAAUUUUUUUUCUGGUAGAAAAAUUUGCACAAGGAUAUAGAGUGAAUGUACAGAUCAUUGUAAAAGUCGAUUUUAGAUGCACUUUGUAACAAUAAAAGUACCACUCUCACCA